AUGGAACUAGAUCGAGCGGAUGAAGAGACGUUGCUAGAGAAAGCACCACAGCAACCAUUUACUGGACGACGCGACGAACGCAAAGACUUUAUCUUUGCAUUAGCUUUUGCGUCCAAUUGUGUAGUCGUGAUCUGUAUUGCGCUUUUCUUUGGUCUUCCAAACAUUUCAAGUAUUUACUUCACCGUGCAUCAUGAAGAUAGUUCAUCUCAUGGCCUCAAGAUUUUUCUCAUUUUCUUGACGACGUCCUGCAUUGGCGGCGUUGUGUCGGCGAUGUGGUUGCAGGUGCUGCAAAAUCAUGCAAAGCGCGUGAUAUCGUGGACAUUAAAAUUCAGCAUCGUUGCCUUUAUUGUGGCUUCACUAUCAGCCUUCUACGACUCUGGCAUGGCAGGCAAGGCCAUUGGUUUUCUAAAUGUUUUCUUUGCUCUCAUGAUCAUCACGUACUAUGCCUCCGUCCAGCGCUCAAUUGCUUUUGCAGCAUCAAAUUUGGCAGCUGCUUCUCGAAUUUUGCGGGUGUUUCCUGGCGUGAUCACGUCGGCAUACAUGGCUUUGUUGGCCCAGGGACUUUGGAUCAUGAUUUGGGGUGCGGCAGUAGUGGGUGUAUUUGCCAAAGUAGUAGGUAACUUGCACGACUCAAGCUCCUUUGGCAACACUUGUUUUUUCUUCAUGCUGUUGAGUUUUUACUGGUUUAUGCAAGUUGCCAAGAACGUGGUGCACUGCAUUGCUGCUGGUGCGGUUGGCGAGUGGUGGUUUGGAGCGCAUGACGUUAAUACAAUCCAACGGGCUCGAACGCGUGCGCUCACGACAUCUCUCGGCUCAAUUUGUGUCGGGUCACUGGUAAUUGCUGCGCUAAACGCACUGCACACGCUUUUACUAUCUACCCCGCGGCGGAAGGCCAAAGGCAGCGCUAACGCGUGUCUAGAGUUCCUGGUCAAGCUGGUUAUGCGCAAUAUGCAGUAUUUCAACAAGUACGCAUUCUGCCAGAUAGCGUUGUACGGGAAAGACUUUCGACUUGCUGGGUCGGACACGAUGCAUCUUUUUCGGGACCGUGGUUGGACGGCUUUGCUUAAUGACUCACUAAUUUCAAGUGUCCUUGCAGUAGGAUGCCUUGUUGCUGGCACCGUAUCUGGAGUCAUCGGUUCAGGAUGGCUGUAUCUAAGAAUGCGGUGUACACCGGACGAGCUGGUCGAAAAUCCAAACGAAUGUCAAACUUUCAACGUCGUGGUAUUGACCUUUGUGGCUUGUGCUUCAAUCGGUUACGCCAUGUGUGCAAUUUUGUCUUCCAUCUUAGACUCUGUUGUUACGACCAUCUUCGUUUGCUUUGCCGAGGACCCUGCAGCAUUGUAUCGUAACCAUCCGGAUGAGCAUGCGCGGCUUGUGGAGGCUUGGAGUCGCUUGCAACCAGAUUUGUUGAAUUUCCCGACCCAUAUGGUCUGA